GCGGGGCGUGUGUUAGGUAGCGGCGGCUAGGAUUUUCUUCAAGAUGGCGGCGCGACGAGAAUUAAAAUAAUUUAGAAAGGUAGUCAGUUACCCGAGAGGAGACACCUGUGUCGUAUUUAUCACUUCCACAAGAUCGCAGUGGAGGAUGAUCAGUGCCUAGAUCCCAUAUUAAGCUGAAUGCAUUGUGAUUUCCAAUAAUUGAGACAGUGAUUCUGAAAGCUGUCUACAUUAAUGAAAAGAACAAUGUAGUCAGCUUAGCAUAUUCACCUCUGGUACGUGGUCUAUACAGGGAUGUGCUUCUGCAUGCAAUCUGUGUUUAGAUAAGAAGAUAGCCUCUCACCAAGUCAAGAAUUUGAAAUUGAAUUUUCAUUCUAUAUAAGUUAGCUUAAUUUCAAGGAAAUGGAAAUAGAUGAUGUUCAACCCCCUCUCCCCUUGGAGCCACCUGAUGAUUUUGGCCUAGAUGAGGGCAGAGCACCUCCACCACCUCCCCUGCAAACGUCCAGUGACGCAGAGGUAAUGGACGUUAGCUCUGGUGGUGAUGGAUACACAUACACCCCAGGGGACGGGGAAACCAAGACACAGCAGCCCCUCAGUAGGGGCUCACUGACUUUCUGUAGCCACCUCUCAGAUGAGGCCAAUCCCACCCCGCCGUGCCCCAGAACAGCCCGCCACGCUCCCCCGGUCACCAAGUUUCUGCCAGACCUCAAGCUGCUCAGAGAUGUUAAGAUUAGUGUGAGCUUCACUGAAAGCAGCAGUAGCAAAGAGAGGAAGGUUUUAUACACAGGUGAGAGGCAGGAGGCAGGAAGUGAGGAUACUUUAGAAAGACUCAAUGGUGAGUUUCAUGACAUGGCUAGUGAGCAAGAGGUAGCGGAGGGUAGCUGUGGAGCAGCAAAUGCUACAGGCAGAAAGUCAGAGGAGGCAGAGGUAGAUCUAGAAAAUAAGGUGGAGUUUGCUGUCCUGGAUGAGUUGGAUGACCUCUACGAGAACUUCCUGGAGCCUGACGAUGGAGAACAAGGCGGCUUUAAGUCUGAUGUCAUAGUUCAGCAGGAGCAGGCAUAUGACGAGGUCACGGCUUACUCUUAUGAGGAGGAGUUUGACAAUGAUGUCGACGCUCUGUUGGAAGAGGGCAUGCCGGUCCCAAAGAAGAUGCGCCCGGCAGAGGAUAAAUAUGGUGGGGACAGUGAUCAUCAGUCAGAUGGUGAAGGAGGUGUUCAACCCAUGAUGACCAAAAUUAAGACUGUCCUGAAGAGUCGGGGACGUCCACCCACAGAGCCUCUCCCUGAUGGAUGGAUAAUGACAUUCCAUAACUCGGGCAUUCCAGUCUACCUACACAGAGAAACCAGAGUGGUCACCUGGUCCAGACCGUACUUCCUUGGCACUGGAAGCAUUAGGAAACAUGACCCACCUGUAAGCAGCAUCCCCUGCCUACACUACAAGAAAAUGAAGGAACAGGAGGAAAGGGAGCUGAAUGGGGAAGUAAUGCCUAAUGCAGAGGAGUCUGCUGUCAAGCCUGCUGAGGAGGCCAAUGGUGGAGAGCAAGCAGGCAAGUCAGAUGGUACAGCAGGGGAGCAGGAAGCCACACCGUCCUCCAGUCUCCCUUGUGGUGGUCAGGAUGGAGAAGGUACCACUGACAUCAGCAUCCAGAGUAAAGAGUCUCUGCCCUGUGAUUCUGCUCAAGGAGCCUUAGGGCAGGUCAAGGCCAAAGUGGAGGUGUGCAAGGAUGAGUCCAUAGAACUUGAAGAAUUUCGCCUGUAUCUGGAGAAAUGCUUUGACUUUGAACAAGUCACUGUCAAGAAGUUUCGCACCUGGGCUGAACGAAGACAGUUCAACAGAGACAUGAAGAGGAAGCAAGCAGAGUCAGAAAGACCUAUCCUGCCUGCCAACCAGAAGCUCAUCACACUGUCAGUCCAGGAUGCUCCCACUAAGAAAGAAUUUGUCAUCAAUCCUAAUGGAAAAUCUGAAGUUUGCAUCUUACAUGAAUAUAUGCAGCGUAUCCUCAAAGUUCGUCCUGUUUACAACUUUUUUGAUUGUGAGAAUCCAAGCGAACCCUUUGGAGCAUCAGUCAUUAUAGAUGGAGUCACGUACGGCACAGGAACUGCAAGCAGUAAAAAACUGGCCAAGAAUAAAGCUGCUCGAGCAACACUGGAAAUCCUCAUACCUGACUUUGUGAAGCAGACCUCGGAGGAGAAACCCAUUGAGGGCGACGAACUGGAGUAUUUUAAUCAUAUCAGUAUAGAAGAUUCAAGAGUAUAUGAGCUGACCAACAAAGCAGGACUACUAUCGCCAUAUCAGAUUCUUCAUGAGUGCCUUAAAAGAAACCACGGAAUGGGGGACACCAGCAUUAAAUUUGAGGUGAUCCCAGGGAAGAACCAGAAGAGUGAAUAUGUGAUGACGUGUGGGAAACAUACUGUGCGUGGCUGGUGCAAGAACAAGAGGGUCGGCAAACAGCUAGCAUCUCAGAAGAUCUUGCAGAUGCUUCACCCCCAUGUCAAGAACUGGGGCUCACUGCUGCGCAUGUACGGCAGAGAGAGCAAUAAGAUGGUCAAGAAGGAGAGCUCCGAUAAGAGUGUCAUCGAGCUCCAGCAGUACGCCAAAAAGAAUAAGCCAAACCUUCAUAUCUUGAACAAACUGCAAGAAGAAAUGAUGAAACUGGCCACACAGAGGGAGGAAACGAGGAAGAAGCCCAAGAUGACCAUAAUGGAAUCUGCCCAGCCGGGGAGUGAACCCCUCUGCACUGUCGACGUUUAAAUCUCAAAUCACUGAACCACAGCACUGAAAGCCAGUCACUGUCAGACAUCACACACACCACAUCCACCACUUAAUUAUGCAUCACUGAGAUCUAAUGGCAAUAUAGUAAAGGAUUGACUAGGCUCAUUAUUGCUUGCUUCCUUCACUUCUGUUUGAUUGGUUCAGCUGGUAGAGGUAAGCGUAGGACUGAACGGAUUGUAGAGCGAAUAUCGUCUACCUCUCUUGAUGUAUCCUUAUUACAGCAGUAGGAGACCCCCCCCCCCCCAGUGUUCAGAGAAGUGACCAUGACUUGAUUAGAUGAACCACAUCAAAACAGAAAUGCAUGCUUCUUAAAGUGCAAAAACCACUGCACAGUUUUAUUUUGAAGUGUUGUUUUCACCAGUCAUGAUUGCAUAGUACCAGCAGCUGAUAGAUUUUUUUUUUUUUUUUUUUUUUUUUUUUUUUUUUUUGUGCUUAAAGUAUUUGAAAGGGACUACUAAUAUUUGUUUAUGCCGUUCAUUUAAUCGGGGAAACAGCGUUCCUCUUUUAUUUGGUAGUUUAAUGGUAGGUGUUAUGGAUAUGUUGGGUGAAGAAUACAACUGUGUGCUGUUUUUUCUCCUCAUAAUGGACAGAUGCUGUCUUGGUUUUGCAUGUUGAGAACAUGCAGUGUGAAGUGCUCACUGGUCAGAACUGUUAUGCACUUGUGUCCUUGUCAGAUGUUUUUGUUAACUGAUGCUUUUGUUCUUGGAAUAACUCCGUUUGAGAUAUUUGGGCCGACUUCUUGGUUGUGGAGGGUCUUGUUGCCUUUUUCCAUUUGUUUCAGUAAAAGAAAUAAGCUAGAGCCCAACUGAUGUUAGAUUUUUGUGGCUGAUACCAGUGCAUAUUAUUAUAUGGAAUAAGAAACUUCCUAUAGUGAUGUCGGCCGAUAAUAACAAAAAUGUCUACAUUUAUAAAAUACCACGGUAUUAAAAAGGGACAAUGGUAGGACUCCUUUAAUUAUAAGUAAUGAAUUUCACAAACUACUAACUCAGCUGUGACGCUGGAGGUACUCUGUUGGAGAAACUGUGACACUAUUUCUGAACAAUCCUAAGCUACUUUUGAAUUAUGUUCAAUAUAAAAGAUACCGGACAGCACACGUGCCCUUACAGAUAUGAGAUUAGGCCAAAUCCGGUAUUGGUUGGGUUCUAUAAGAGCUUCCUGCUACAUGGUGACACUGCAGUAAACCCCAAGCACAGGGACAGAGUACUGUAAUAUGCUGAGGAUCAUUUCAUUUCUGCUUUUAGUUCUCACUUGGCUCUUUAUUCAUAUGCUAUUGCCAUGAACACUGGCUAACCACUCAGCACAUUUCAGUUGCUUUUCAUUUGUGUCCUUAUUUAAAAAGGAAAAAAAAAAAAAUAUCUUGUUGGCUACAUGUUGCCUUAGUUAAUCCAUUUCAUGAAGG